AUGACAAUUACCGUGGACCCAUCGGGGAAUGGAAACUUCUCUACAAUACAAUCUGCUAUUGAUUCAGUCCCUUCCAACAAUGCGUAUUGGAUUACCAUUUAUGUGAAGGCAGGCAGAUACAGGGAAAAGGUGACGAUCCCUAAUGACAAGCCAUACAUCACACUACAAGGAGAGGGACAAGAUAACACUUUUGUUGAAUGGAAUGACCAUGAUUCAAUUGCACGGAGUGCUACAUUCUCAACCAUGGCAAACAACGUUGUCGUUAAGCACAUUAGCUUUAGGAAUUCAUACAAUAAUCCAAAAAAUGGUAACCCCAUUGUAGCUGCCGUAGCAGCAAUGGUCAGCGGCGACAAGUCAUACUUCUUAAAUGUUGGCUUCUAUGGUCUGCAAGACACUUUAUGGGAUGACCAAGGAAGACAUUACUACAACAUUUGCACCAUUGAAGGAGCUGUGGAUUUUAUCUUUGGUACAGGCCAAUCUCUAUAUGAGGAGUGUACUAUAUCAGUCAUUGGUGCAGCUCUAGCUCCAGGAGUACCUGGUUAUAUCACUGCACAAGGGAGAACAAAUCCAAACGAUGGAAAUGGGUUUGUUUUCAAGAAUUGCCAAGUCUCUGGAAAUGGCACAACGUACCUGGGGAGACCAUGGAGAAGCUACGCAAGAGUUCUUUUUUACAAGACUAGUAUGUCCCAGAUUGUACAACCAAGUGGUUGGGAGCCAUGGAAUUUCGCUGGACACGAGGAUCAGUUAACAUUCGCAGAAUAUGAGAAUUCUGGACCUGGUUCUGACACUUCUAAGAGAGUGAAAUGGACAAAGAAACUGAGUUUAGAGACAGUUAAUGCGAUGGCAAGUCUUAGCUUCGUUGACAAUGACGGUUGGUUGAAGGAUUUGGCUCUUUUCUUUUACGAGAAUGUAGAACCGUUUGUUGAAAGAGUUAUAACAGAUUUUGAUCUUGUUAGUAUCAGAACUAGCCCGAUUUCAAACUCUAGUGUCAAGUUUAAGUGUGAAGAGUGUCUGAAAUCCAUUAGAGAGUGGUGUUCUCAAAGAGGUGCUUGGUGUCGCCACCUUCAAACUCACACGCCACUCCUAGAAGUCCACGCUCCGCCACUUGUUCCUCAUGCAUCCAUAUGCCUGCUAAAGGUUGAAGAAGUUGACGUCACCGUCAUGUACACUCCUCCUACGUCAGACAGAGAAAAUUAG